AUGCCGUUCCAACGCGCGCAAACGCAGGAAGACACAAAACGCCUCUACUGUCUCUUGCAAUCUUACAUCGAAGACCCAUUACGCGCAAAAGCCGUCAAAGAGGUUGUCAUCGACGCAGCGCCCUGGAUCUAUGCCCCAACGUCCAAGAUACCAGAGUAUGAUGAACUACCGACCUCGAUGGGAUAUGAAGAACUGGGCGACCCAACGGAAAUAAGACUAAGAAGAUAUGCUCGUCGUCUAGAACUGAGCGACGAAACCGCUGACCAGGUCGAUAAGAUCCUUAGUUGGAAGUGUCGCGAGUAUGAGUUCAAACUUCAGAAGGAGAGCGAGUUUUCAAUUGCCAUGAUAAUCCUUCUCUUUUCACUCUGCGAGAAUAUCUCCACGCUGUAUAUUGCCGAGAACCUCCAACAACCUAUUGUGGACUAUAUGCUCAAAGCAAACUAUGCACAGAUGAAGAGCCCGCCACUUCAGAAGCUGAAGAACGUUCGUUUGUUUGCUGGUGCUCGAAGCGACGAGAGGUUCUACACCGCGUGCGAUAUUCUCCGAUCCAUCCAGUUGAUUCAUCGCCUCCCAGCUCUUGAAUCAGUGGCGAUGGAUGGCAUGUCAGAUUAUCAGGCAGACCGCCAGUUCUUCGUCCCGGCGACAGGGAAUAUGAAGAGACUGGAGAUCACCCAUUGUGAUAUAUCUCCUAGCUUCCUCACAGUCAUGAUCUCGAUUCCCAAGGCGCUUGAGGAAUUCAAACUGUCAAUUGGUGGUUUAUGGACUCUUGACGGUGCAGAUACUUCUAGUGAACCGUUCUACAUUAUAAGGGCACUUUAUGCACAUAGACACUCUUUGAGAGUGUUGGAUCUUGACGUUGAUGUAGGCGCCGGGGCAAAUGCGGUGGACUGGGAUGUUGACGGGAACUACGAGGAGGGAAAAGAUGAUGGGACGGAUUGGGAGAUAAAGGACCAGCUUGAUCUGUAUGGACGCGAUCGGCUGGUCUUGGAUAAGAAGAUCACUACUGGGCACAAGAUGGAAAGCGGUAAAGAGUACACACCGACUAUCGGGUCAUUACACGACUUUCCUCACCUCACGCAUCUGAGCAUCGGCAUCAUGCCACUCCUGGGAGAAUACCUCGGUGGAUUCGAUAAGUAUGGAUUCAAGGAACCGCCGUACCGACUUGAGAAACCUGCACCGUUCAGACUGGUAGACAUGUUACCACCAUCUCUAGAGUAUCUCUGCCUCUAUGGGUAUACGCGGGGUCAAAAUCCGGUUGUUGACGAGCAUAUCGAUGAGCUUCUGGCUAAGAGGGCCGACAGGUUACCGAAUUUGAAGGCUGUUGGGGGUAUCUAUGAGCGUGUAAGGGAUAUAAAGGAUGCUCUUCAUGAUAUGGCCUUGGCGGAGGUUGAUGAGGAGGAACUUUAUGUGCGAGGGGAGGGAUUUGAGUCUGGAUGGAAGAAGGUGGAAGAGUUGAAGCAGAACUAA